UGUCAAAUGCAAAGAAGAGGAAGAGAAACCAAAGAAAAAUAUAGGAUAUUACAAAAAGAAUUGCACUGAAGAAGAAAAAAACAUAAAGAUUUAAGUUAAAAACUAAAUUUAAAUAAAGAAAAUUUAGCCAUAAGUUUAAUUAUAUAAAGAACAAUAAAGUAAACUACAAAAACGUUUGUUACAACAGUAAAAACAUUGAAAUAACUUACAACUAAACUAGUAGAGGAAAAAGCAAAAAAAAAUCCCAACUACUUGUGCGACAAAAGCAAAAAAUGGCCAAGAAAACGUAUGAUCUUCUGUUCAAACUGUUGCUAAUCGGCGAUUCAGGUGUUGGAAAAACAUGUAUACUUUUCCGUUUCUCGGACGAUGCCUUCACAUCCACCUUUAUAUCCACCAUUGGUAUCGAUUUCAAAAUCAAAACCGUUGAACUCAGGGGUAAAAAAAUCAAAUUACAAAUCUGGGAUACUGCAGGCCAGGAACGUUUUCAUACCAUAACAACAUCAUAUUAUCGUGGAGCGAUGGGGAUAAUGCUGGUAUAUGAUAUAACGAAUGAGAAAAGUUUUGAAAAUAUCGUUAAAUGGUUAAGGAAUAUAGAUGAGCAUGCAAAUGAGGAUGUGGAGAAAAUGAUAUUGGGAAAUAAAUGUGACAUGUCAGACAAGCGUAUUGUCAGUAAAGAACGUGGUGAAGCGAUUGCCCGUGAGCACGGUAUACGUUUUAUGGAAACCUCAGCUAAAUCUAACAUUAACAUCGAACGUGCUUUCUGCGAACUUGCCGAGGCUAUAUUAGAUAAAACAGCUGGCCGAGAAUCUGCCGAAAAUCCCGAGCGUGUUGUUGUCGAUCGUCGAAAUAAUGAAAAACCUCCUGCCUACAAGAAUUGUUGUUCUUAAAACACAUAAACUAAUAAAACCAAUAUAAAAAACCAAACUGAAACGAUAAACCAACCAACAAGAACAAUUUUAUACCACAAAUCUGAAAAAAAGAAACGAUAUAUUUAAACUUUUUGCUAAAUUCCAAUAAAACAAAUAAAACACAUCAUCAUUAACUACAACAAACAACAGCAAACCACAAAACAUUCUAAUCAAAAACAAGAAAUUAAUGUCAACCUAACAACAACAACAAACAAAAACUUUAAAAAAGAAAUGAACCUUUGAAACUAAAAAAACAAAAAUUUAAAUAAUAAUAAUAAUAAGUUCACUUUGCUACAACCACACAUUAGCACAUUAAUAAAUAAAAAACAUACAUACUAUAUACAUAAAUUACAUAUAUAAAUAACAUUUAUACGUCAUUUAUAUACUACAGAUAUAUGUGUGUAUACAUACUUAACGUUAAUCCACUCUCCCCCUCCAAAAAAAACCCUCUCCUCACAACGUACAUAAAUUAAUUAAUUAUAAAUUAAGAUACAUGCAUAAUUUAUAUAACAAAACAACAAGUUUUACUAUUAUUAUUUUUUUAGUUAAAUACAAGAAAAAUAAAUCAUUAUGCUUUUUAUAUAUGAAGACGAUAUAAGAAAAUGAAAAGGCGGUAAAAAGUAAAGAAUUAAUACACUUGCAUAUAAAAAAAUAUAAAGUUUUUGUUAAUUUAAUAUAAAAAAGAAAACUGGAUAAACAAACAGAAAAAAAAUCAAAUUAUGAGACGUCAAAUUGUGUGCGCAAAUAAAAAAUAAUAACUGGGAAAAAACAAAAAAAAAAA